AUGCAUCAGUGUGUUCUGGAGCUACACCAUCCUGCUGUUCUGGAACAUGCAAAGAUCUCAGCAGCGACCCUCUUAACUGCGGCGCUUGUGGAGCCCUCCCCUGCCUGGGACUUGAUCCUGCCUGUUGCUCGGGUUCAUGCACAGAUCUUUCCACUAGUGUCAGCAAUUGCGGAUCUUGCAACCACGGUGUAA